AAAUUCGCAUGUCGUUGCUGCUGGUCUCUAUACAAUUCCAUCGUCCUUUGUGUCCCGUCUUCCCGGUCCUUGUUCCUGUACCUUCGCUCGAUUUCAGAUAAACUUCCACCACACAAUUGCCAGAUCCCAUCUUGAGAGCUGCUUCCUAGUCACCCAUUCGUCCUUGUUACGUAAUUUUUGUAAACAAAGCCAGGGCUGCUGGUCCUCAUCAACAGCUGUAGAAAUCGCGAUUCGCGAUUGUUUUGCGUCUCGCAAUCAUAGUGGUCUUGUGUAAAUAUUUCUCACAUGAGAUUGUCGAAAAUGUUGUCGUGCCAUUGUCUCAACGUGAUCAUCGAAACUGAAGGCGACUUGCAGAAGGUCACCGCCGAAACGUUGGGGUUGUCUCCGGAGGAGGUCCAAGACAGCUUCUUCAAACAGGACAUUCAGCAAGUCGGGAAAUUAAUUAACAUUAAUAAAUCCCACUCAGGGUUGAUAGAAACUAGAAAUGUAGGCGCUUGGGUUAUUCAUUGUUGUAUUAAUUGUGAUGUUCAUUCGCAUGCAGUACAUCGAGAAAAGGGUGCUUCCUGUGUUCUCGUCAACUCGAAGCUUUUCACCGAGGAGACUGUGAACAAGUUACAGAACAGCGAAGCCUUCUCCAAGCUGUUCAAGAUCCUCGUCAAUACGGACGAAAUUGUUGAGGACGAUUUGACGGGAAAUUCCUAUUUGCCAAACGACGUUGAAAAUGUCAUUAGGGGGUUAAAACAAGUCGCUGCUGAGGCUUUGAAAAAUGAAGCAAUCGCCGUUGAAGACAGGAUAAGACAGUUUAGUGAUGAACAGUACAGGAAACUCAACGAACUAAGAGAGAGGGCCUUUAGAGAACAGCAAAUUUUAACAAAAAUUAUUUUAAAUAAAUCAUCACAACAAACAAUACCUUCAAGUACAAAUACGGGCAUGUCAAAUCCGCAAGGGAUGCCAUCGAGACUGAACGAACCUCUAGCGGCUGGAAGUGUCAAAACUGCAUCGCAUAUGACCUCCAACUCGCUGCGCCACACCCCCAAGCGUCAGAAAAGCUGCCCCUUGAACCAAGUCAACUCAUUCGACACUGAAGGCUUGUUCGAGUUCGACGGCACUGAUGACAACCACUCGGGCACCGCCUCUGAAAUCGAAGAAAGCGACCUCGACGAGGCUAUUCGUGAAGACGGCGUUAAAAUCCCGAAACGUGGGACAAAUACCGGCAUUGCCAAGUCGCUUCCGAUGACGAUUCCGGCCUUUCUCUCACAGUCCAAAAACCGGAGUUUCGAAGAUGUGGACGAAGCGCCACCUGUCGAGGCCAAUACGGACAUAGCAGCCAGCAUUAAGGCCUUGGCGAAAAGUGUACACGGCGAUACGGUUUUUGGGGAUUUACCCAAACCGAGAUAUACCUAUAUUUAACUUCCGGCUAUCUUUCUGUAGCGUUGCUUGUGAGGUCAUGUGACACACUAGUCGCAAUUGUUUUGUGUUGUGAAUGAGGAUUGUGAUCGAAAUUAUUUUUCUACGGUGUUCUUCAGGCCAGUAGAAGGCAGCUGAGACGAGGCUAUUGCUUAUUGAGGGUAAAAAGGGAUCGUUGCAGAAUUGUGAGGUUUGUCAACAAGCAAUGAAGGCUCGUUUUAAGUUACGUUGGCAAUUUUUUUGUUACUGUGUUACGUUAAUGACAUUAUAAAAGUGUCAAUGAUCUGAUAUUUUUAGUCGUUACUUUUUUACUUCUUAAAAUUUGCCAUUUCUUUUUACGUUUGUUACUACGUUACUGAAACAAACACAUAAAACCCAUGUACAAUUUAUAGUUUGUAAAUUAUUUUUAAUUGUUAAAAAAUUGUGAAUAAGCAAAUAUAUGACAUGAAAGGA